CAUUCACCGAAUUGGGCGUUCCAGCACUUUUGAAGUGCAACUCGGGUCCCUCUACCGAACAAGGGGCGGCAGCCUUACUCCCAACGGCUUGUUCACCGUGAGAUCCUGCACGAUCAUUGGCCAGCUACACAUCCGCCGAUUUCCGGAGGAUCAUGAGGGUAAUCUUCCCAACCAGACGGGAUACCAAGGAAAAAGCAAGCAGCCAGGGCGAUAGCCUGGGAAGCCCUGCGGCGAAGCCAAGACCGGUCAUGCCAACAGGCGAGCGUUCAGCCCUACCUGUCAGCUCCUUGAUAGCUAAUGGCUUGCAAGGUCAGGAGGCGAACGAGUCGAGAGUAGCAUAAAAGCCAUGUAAUAGACGCUAGAUUUCAAGAACUCUUCAGGUCGUUCAGACUCACCUCUCUUGUACACCUAGUGUCAUCUGUCAGUCGUUUCCGUCAACAUGGUUGGCAGCAGCAACGUCGUUCGUUCACUCGUUUCCCUUUUGUGGGCCGCCUCGCCUGUCAUCAGUGGGGCUUUACCAGUCCACUGGGCCGGGUUCGAGCGCCAAGAGACCGGCUGGCCUACCUCCAUAGACGACUCGGUCUUCAACUCGUCUUGGCCGUCCUUUGGAGAGAAGUCCCAGAGAUGGAACGCCUACAUGGCUCCAAGCUUCAACCAAGUGUUUCUCCCAGAGACGGAGCAAGUCCUUUCUGAGGGGCUUCGGUACAUGACAAGCAACAACAUCUCGUUUCUCGCCAAGUCAGGUGGGCAUGGCUAUUCUAUCGAGCUCGCUGCCGCACAAAAUGUGGUCAUGAUCAACAUGGAGAAGUUCAACUACUCCAGGGUCAACGCUGACGGGACGGCCACCAUUGGCAGCGGUGCCACCUUUUUGGACUUGAUUCGGCCUCUGGCGGCUGCUGGAAGACAAGUCACUACCGGGUCCUGUCCCUGCGUUGGGGCAACUGGAGCCAUGUUGGGCGGUGGUGUCGGCAGGCUGCAGGGUCUACACGGUUUAACAAGCGACAACGUCCACAAGGUUCGCCUGGCUCUGUGGAACGGCACUGUGAUUGAGGCUUCCGAAAAGGUCAACAAGGACUUGUUCUGGGCCGUACGUGGUGCUGGCCAGAACUUUGGCGUUGUCAUCGAAACCACAUUUCAGACAUAUCCCGCUGUGAACGGUGGGAUGCACUACGAGGCAAACCUGGCCUUCAGCGUCGAUAAGGUCAAGAAGAUCAUUGACGACAUGAACGCUCUUGUCCCACUCCCUGCGCCACUGUCUUUGAUUCUGGUUGGCAGUGUUGAUCCUAGCACUCUCGAGACCAUUGUGGCGCUUAACCUCGUCUAUGCCGGCCCCCGGGAAGAGGGACGCAAGUACACUCGCCGCUUCCAGAGCUACAGCCUUUCCGUCGAAGAAAACAUGUACUCUUGGGACGAGCUCCCCAUCAAGGGCGCCGGUGGCAUCACCUUGAUCAAGUGCGCCAAGGGCCAGAACCACGUCAUGUACGGCCUGGGCACCAAGCGGCUGGACGCCCCCUCAUUUGUACGGCUGUGGAGCGAGUUCGGAGAUUUCAUCAAGGCCAACCCGGCUGCCAACUCCAGCACCUUCUUGGUCGAGACAUUUGCUCAGCAGGGCAUCAAGAAGCUUCCCGACGAUUACAGCGCCUUCCCUCACCGUGAUGGUGUUGAACAUCUCGUCGAGUUUGAAAUUGCCUUUGACGACACCUCUGUUUCAAAGGCUGCGGAUGCUUUUGCCAAGCGCUGGAGGGAUCACUUUGCCCAGCCCAAGAUUUCUGGAUACAAGGAGACUCACAUCUACCAAAACUAUGCUCAUGGCGAUGAGCCCCUUUCGCAGCUGUACGGACGCGAGAAGUGGCGCCAGCAGCGCCUCACCGCGGUCAAGAACAAGUUCGACCCCCGCGGCGUGUUCAGCUCGUAUCACCCCAUUCCCCAAUCUCUGGACGCUUGGCGUUGAGUUCCGUACCUAGCUGAGCGGCUACUUCAACCCCACUGCCGACAACAAUUUUCUUACUUGUAAUCAGGAUGGCAGAUCUCACAAUUUUGGUGGAUUUUAGAUUCACACUUCCGUAGACAGCUCUGCACACGCGGAUACACAUUCUGUUUUCACAGCUUUCAUCAUCUAAGCAACAGUU